AUGUUUAACUUGGAUGACUUUACAAAGACCGUCUUCGAGGAUAUUCGAGAUGGUGUGCCUAUUAUAGGUCCUGACUAUUCAUCCCAUCUCGAUUUUGUCUCUGCUGCCAAUGAACCCGUCGAUCAUCAGCACUUUCAAAGUUCCAACCUCCCCACUCCCACGCCGGGCACCUCAUCCUUCGACAUGAUGCUCGUGCCCAACGGCGAUGAGCAUCCUUUCUGGGAUGUCACCGCCCACCCGCAUGUUACCCACCCUCGUGCAGCCUUCUCAUCGAACUACAUGGCGCCAAACGAUGUGUCGGUGCCACCACCGCCCACCGCCCGCAGGGAGAGGCGGAUGAACGGCGGUAUGGACACAGUGGAGAGGAUAUCAUUUUCCAACCCGCAAGCAGUUGCCAUAGGAUUCCCAGGAACCCACGAAUACACCGGGGGUAAUACCCUCAGAACUAACACCACUUCAACAAGAACUUCCGACUACGAGGAAAAUUUCCCCGUCGUCGGUCCAGUCCCGGUCGCUGAACGGUUGUCAGCCCAAGGGCUUCGGCCCAUGAUGACAUCGAGGGCUGCCCAACAAUGGCAUCCAACACAGAUGCCAUUUGUAGCUGCCAAGUACGGCAGUCCGCUCGCCUCUGUUCCAUUGCGUGCACUACCAUCGAGCGCAGCGUCGGUGACCUUCACUCAAUUCAAUCCAGUGCCAGAUAUGACAACAGAAUACGGCCUUGAUUUAUUUUCUCAAUCCUCCUGGAUCGGCGAGCCUUUCAACCCAGGACCAUUGCAAGCGCAGUCCUGGGAAACCUCCCAACAGGCUCCCUGGCAUCCCGCUCAGUCUCAUCUCGACGAGAUGUCUUUCCAGGCCGCGGGAUCGUCAUCAUUCCCAAGUUCCGUGAUGCCUUGGCCGUUCGGCGCUGCGGGGGAGAGUGCCUUCCCAUCGGGUCCGACACCUUCCUUCAGCACUGGGUAUGGUGACGAUCUAUCCUUCGUCUCUGUGGCCGAACAGCCCUUCGGUCAAGGCUUGGCGAUGCCCACUCAGGCGCCUCAGACCAGUGAGACCUAUCCCCAACCUCUCCCCUAUCCAAUCAUCGAGUCGGCAUCCGAUGUCGCACCGCAAGCGUCCAGCUCGUCCUCUUCAGCACCCGAGCCAUCGAAUGCCGCCCCGACGAUGGGAAAAAACAGUCAGACACCGUAUUUGCUGGCCAAGGUCAAGUGCCACCUUUGCGAAAAAGGCUUCAACAGAGGAUCCGAGCUCCACGAUCACUGGAUGACGAACAAGCAUCGCCUGCGAAAGCUCCAAGCGGAGAACCCAGGAGUUGUGGUGACCGUGGCAGACUUGAUUCCAAACUGCUUCUGCCCGUCGUGUGGCAAAGGGUACACAACCCCGUACAUUGUGACGCGACACUUGAAGACGUGUAGAGGCCGGAUCUAA